AUUACUGCGUUGCGUCAUCUGUGGAAACACCAUAAAGUUCUAGAGAACAUAAUCUGUACAGUAUGUUUAGGAUCCGCAUUCACUCUCUGUUUAAUAUCAAAUCAUACCGGCUGCUCUUUUAACUCCUGGAAAACGAUGUAAUCGAUUAUAUUUUAAUCUCGAUAGAUGAAACGCAUCGAGAAUGUUCCUGGGUAUUAAAGGCAAGUGUCAGGUUAAACUUGAAAAGCACGAGACCACUUCCACUGACAGAGCGCUCAGUCCCUCUAACAUCAGCUGAGUUUUUGCGGCGAAUUUUGAAAAUGACGCAAGGGAUGACCGCGACCAAUCAGAGCUCAGAACGGAGAUUGACAUGUAAAUGACUUUGCCUUUUAAGGGCAAGUCUCCGCCCUCGUCAAGUCCACGCUUGUCCCCCCCGAGAGCGCUGGAGCCGCGGAACCCGAGAGAAGGUGCGCUCCGCUGGGACACAGGAGGCAUAAAGAGACGGGGAGGGAGGGAAUGAGAUUUCUUGCUACCCAAUCCCUCUUUUCCCCAGGGACAGCAAGCCUUCCCUGGUCCAUCCCUCCCUCUUGUUUGGUAAUCAUUUCAUUUUACUCCUUUUUGAAGCAGUCGCCCGUUUUAUCCCACUUUUCAUUUCACAAUCCCGUGCGCGUCUGUUCGCCUUCUUCUUCAGAGCAAGUUCGCGUUCUCCCCUCGUUCUCCCCGCGACGAGAAGGUCUGCUUGAUCCCGGCUGAUCGUUUCCUUUGAGAUGCUCCACAGCUCUUGCCUUCUCUCCACCCUCUUUUAACUAGAGACCGGUUAAUCUUGAGUGAACUGAACUUGGGUUUGGAAUCUAAAAGAAAGAGGAACACCCAAAGGGAUACGGCAGCGCGUCUUUGGAUAAGGACCUCUUUCCCCUUGUUGCACUUUGGGGAAGAUUUUUUCCCUUUCAGUUGGUUUUUGUUAAUCCAGGUGGUGCAGGAGGAUUAUUCCAUUCGAGCUGGUGUAGAGAGACAUCCCCCAGAAGGCUAUUUUCAUGUUCUCCAUCCAGGACGGUCUCCCACGGGGAGCCUUGACCAUGAAAGAAGAGCCCCUUACGAGUGGCAUGACGCCGGUGCGCUCUUGGAUGCAGAGCGCGGGGAUACUGGAUGCCAACACAGCUGCGCAAAGUGGUGUGGGUUUGGCAAGAGCCCAUUAUGAGAAGCAGCCUCCUUCGAACCUGCGCAAGUCAAACUUCUUCCACUUUGUGCUGGCCCUGUAUGACCGGCAGGGACAACCCGUCGAGAUCGAGAGAACCUCCUACGUGGACUUUGUGGAAAAAGACAAAGAAUACAAUGGUGAGAAGACCAACAAUGGCAUCCACUACAGGUUACAGCUUCUCUACAGCAACGGUAUCAGGACAGAACAGGAUCUGUACGUUCGAUUAAUAGACUCCAUGACUAAACAGCCAAUCCUUUAUGAAGGCCAAGACAAAAACCCAGAGAUGUGUCGCGUUCUCCUCACCCAUGAGAUCAUGUGCAGCCGGUGUUGUGACAAGAAGAGCUGCGGGAACCGAAACGAGACGCCAUCCGAUCCUGUCAUCAUUGACAGAUUUUUCCUGAAAUUCUUCCUCAAGUGUAAUCAGAACUGUUUGAAAAAUGCAGGAAACCCCAGAGACAUGAGGCGAUUUCAGGUGGUGGUGUCCACCACAGUGAAUGUGGACGGCCAUGUCCUGGCCGUGUCAGAUAACAUGUUCGUCCACAACAACUCCAAACAUGGGCGGAGGGCGCGACGCCUGGACCCUUCUGAAGCAGCCACUCCAUGCAUUAAGGCCAUCAGCCCCAGUGAAGGAUGGACGACUGGGGGGGCGACCGUCAUCAUUAUUGGGGACAACUUCUUUGACGGAUUACAAGUGGUCUUCGGCACAAUGCUGGUUUGGAGUGAGCUCAUCACACCUCACGCUAUCCGGGUGCAGACGCCCCCUAGACACAUCCCUGGGGUCGUGGAGGUCACACUCUCUUACAAGUCCAAGCAAUUCUGCAAAGGAGCUCCGGGACGCUUCGUCUACACAGCUCUGAAUGAACCCACCAUAGACUACGGUUUCCAGAGGCUACAAAAGGUCAUCCCUCGUCACCCUGGAGACCCAGAGAGGUUACCUAAGGAGGUACUGCUGAAGAGAGCCGCAGACCUGGUGGAGGCGCUGUAUGGAAUGCCUCAUAACAAUCAGGAGAUCAUUUUAAAGCGUGCUGCAGACCUGACGGAGGCGCUGUACAGCGUGCCGCGGAGCCAUAACCAGUUGCCCUCGCUGACAGGCUCCAGCGCUCACUCAGGCAUGAUGGGAGUUAACUCUUUCAGCAGCCAGCUCGCCGUCAACAUCUCUGAGGCCUCACAGGGAGAACAAGGUUACUCUCGUAACUCAAACAGCGUGUCUCCUCGCGGGUACGUGCCGAGCUCCACACCUCAGCAGUCCAACUACAACACCAUCACCUCCACCAUGAACGGAUACGGAGCCGCCGGAAUGACCAACCUGGGCGUCCCUGGAUCACCGAGCUUCCUCAAUGGGUCUGCCGCCAACUCUCCUUACGCAAUCACCCCCUCCAGUCCUCUAUUGGAGCACCAUGCCUCCUCUUCUUCCUCUUCAUGCAUCCCUACUUCCAUCUCUCUGUCUGCGGGCCCUUUCUCAUUCUCUCCUGUCCAUAUGAUCUCUGCAGUCAAACAGAAGAGCGCCUUCGCGCCUGUCGUCCGGCCACAGACCUCCCCGCCCCCCACCUGCACCAGCACCAAUGGGAGCAGCCUACAGGCUAUGGCGGGUCUGAUUGUCCCUCCCAUGUGAAGAGGAACCUGAUUUUCCUCUAAGGCUUUAUUGAGCCCAGAACAAACUCACUGGCUCAACAAAUCUGUCUGACACUCCCUUAUCGAACAUCACCAGUCCUACAAGGAGCUGCCUGAAAAGAACAUCUACACCUGGAUCGCUAAAAAUAUAUAUAUAUAUAUAUAUGAAAAUGUCCCAUGUCCUGAAAUGUCAAUAGAUGUGUUUGUUUUACCCUCUACGACUUCAUCCUUGGAGACUCUGAGAACGCCGUACUGGGUGGCAUUUCGAGCUGGAUAAUAUCGCAAUGUGAACGAGAAGCAGAGGUUUUGAUAUGUCCACGACCAUAGGGGCUUCUUUGCAUGGCUGAUGUUGUCUGUAGACUGGUUCCUCUCUGUUUCAUACCGUAUGUCUGUCCUGUUUCCACUGUGAGAAGAGAGACGCCACUCAUCAAGAUGGGACUAUGACAGUUCUCAAAUGAUUCAUUCCUAUUUACAAAAUGCAAUGUUUUUGGUUUUUAACAUCAAGCUGAUUUUAUUUCCUUUCGCUUUUGUUUUAAACCAUCAAAUGUCAGAGUCCAAAACACGAAAUGAUCCCAGACUGAAGACCGUUAUAUUUAGCAACCGUCAGGACGAUGGUGUCAGUCAUUUUUCCUCAUACUGUUUCUGUAGUUCCAGUGUAGUUCCAGGUGUGUGGAUAGGUAGAUUUAAGCCAGGAAUGCUUUCUGCAGUUUUAAUCACAUUUAGGUACCAGACUUAUUGUUGAACUUCUUAUUGUGCUUUUUUUGUAUGUAUUUAUAAAGUUCGUUUCGGGAUUUCUUUGGUGACUUAGGCCUGAAUAAUAGUAUCAAAUAUCUAUGUCAACACAUUUGAUGUCUUAAUACCUUUUAGAUAUUGUAAAAAGAGUGAAAAAUAAAAGGGAUUACACUUUUUUUGUAAAAACAAAAACAACGACAAAAAAAAAAAAAGUCUGGACAUGACCAGAACACCUGUUUUUUGAAAGCAGGGUGUAAAGCUUCACCACUUUUGUAAAAAAAAAAAAAAAUCGACAAAACAUUUUUUCAGUCGUAUAUUUAAUGUUUUCUUUUUGCAAAAAGCGUUUGUGUUCUUGUUCCUCCUCUUGUCUUGUGUGUUCUUGUGAAACGUGUAUGAUCAUAGUUAUUUCCUAAUGCACUAUUUUUGUUGGGGCACUUACAAGAGCUAUGUAUCUUAGCAAGCAGAAGAAAAUAAUAAUGGUAAUAAAAAAAAGAACAAAAAAAAA